AUGCUAUCUGCUGCGAGACAUUCAUUAUUAAAGUGGCGGAUUUUCAAGCCGCAUCCUGCUUGUAUCACCGGCCGCUCAUUCUGCACUUCUUCUCAUUGUUUCCUCCACAUCAAUCACGUAAACAAACCACAAAUGACACAACACGUCUGGAAACCCGCCGACCACAUCCCGGAACGGGUCCAGGCCCUCAUUCGGUCCCAGCAGCCCAUCAACAGCAUGCUCGCAUUUACCCAAAUCUUGCGUCUUUUGAAGACUCAGCCCAGAACUGGAUGGGUCGAUAAGGGGAUUCCAGUCGCCAAGGUCGAGAGCAUUUCCGACCACAUGUACAGAAUGUCCUUGAUUGCCAUGGCGUUACCAGCAGAAGAGGUUUCCAUCGACAAAUGUGUGAAAAUAGCCUUGGUUCAUGACAUCGCUGAGAGUUUGGUUGGAGACAUCACUCCAUUCGGAGGCGUCACCAAGGCCGAGAAACAUCGUCGGGAGGAGGAAACCAUUGACUAUUUGGUGGCAUUGAUCGAAGGUUACAGCCCGCGUUUUGCCCGCGAGAUGAAAGAGCUCUGGUUGGCUUACGAGAACAUUCUGUGUCCCGAGGCCAGAUACGUGAAAGACAUCGAUAAAUUUGAGAUGAUUGCGCAGGCAUGGGACUACGAGCAGGACUACGGAAUCCAGUACGAUUUGAGCGAGUUCUACAAGUCUCGCAAUGGAAUCGAGACCAAGAUCGUGGGGGACUUGUGUGAUGAGUUGGUGAAGCAGAGAACAGCAUACAUCGAGAGCCUACAACAGUGA